AUGGUGGCAGCUGUGGAAAUCGAAACUGUCGAUGAAACCGAGAAGGGAACCUUCCUCGUUGAUCGAGCUUCCGUGAAAUCUAUGCUGGCCGACAACGUUAUGGACGGCGCCAUCGUGAACAUCGCGAGCACGAUCGCAGAAACUGGUCUCGCGCUAGCGACGCCCUACUCAGCGUCCAAGGGUGGUGUUGUCUCUCCUACCAGGGCAGUGGCUCUCGGAGUGGCCACCAGGGGCAUCCGCGUCAACGCCAUCUCGCCCGGUCCCGUCGACAGACUGUUGCUCGCCAAGCUACCGGCACACGUGGUGGCGACGAUUGUCGAGAAAACUGCAUUGAAGCUCAAGGCCCGGGACGAGCAGAUAGCAGAGACUAUUGCUUUCAUGUGUAUCCCUAAGGCUAGCUAUAUGACGGGUGCGGCCGUUGUCGCGGGAGGAAUAAUAAUUUAA